AUGAUUGAUAUCUCCAAUAAUGAAAUAGGAGAUAUUGGAGCACGACAUCUAGCUGAUGCAUUACAAAGUCAUCCAAAAAUUGGUAGGAUGAAUCUUACAAAUAAAAGCAUUGGUGAUAAUGAUAUUAAAUUUAUAAGUGAAGCAUUACAUAACAACCAAACACUUAUGAAACUGGAUCUUCAAAAGAAUCCUGGUAGUUAUCGUACAGCUGUGAGCGCAGCAGUUCAAAUACGAAACAAUAAAACGAUCACUCAAAUGCAUCUUAGUUGUGCCAGCAUUGGUGAUAAUGAACUUAGAUUUGUAAGUGAAGCAUUACAUAACAAUGAGACAAUCACCGAAUUAGACCUUUCAAGCAAUGAAAUCGGUGAAAUAGGUGCACAACAUCUAUGUAAUAUGUUGCAAAACAAUACCACUUUCACGACAUUAAAUCUUGGUGGAAUGAAAAUUGGAGAUAGAGAAAUACAAUAUCUUGUUUAUGGAUUAGAAAACAAUCGAACAUUGACUGUACUGAAUCUUCGAGGUAAUCGAAUUGGUGGAAAUGGAGCAAAAUAUCUCUCUGGUGCAUUAAGAAACAAUACAACACUUCUUACACUUGAUAUUGAAGCGAAUCAUAUUGGAAAUAUUGGAGCAGAGCAAUUGGCUUCUGCCGUGAAAAACAAUAAAACUCUCAAAGAAUUGGUACUUGCCAAUAAUCAAAUCACGACGGAAACACGAAAUCGUUUGGCAGGAGAUGAGAGACUUCGUUUUUUCGUACAUUAUGAUGAAGAUUCUGAUUCUGAUGAAUGUGUUUAUUAUUAUGAAUCGGAUUAA